CGCGGAUUUUCAUAGAAACGUCACUUCCUUCGAUACAGUUGACAGCAAGCAUAACAACCACCUGAGAAGUGUGAGCAUCUAUACAAAAUUAAUAGGUUCGGAACUGUUAAUAAUACAUAGAAGGACAUAAUGAGCGUCAAUUACAGUGCCAAUCAGUAUGAGCAAGCAUUCAAUACCAAGCGGAUGCAGAGCUGGGAAGAUCCCGUUCCAGUCAGCAGGCGUCCCGCUCGCAGAGAAGGUUUUACGCAGUUUGUGGCUACUGACGGCGGACAUCUUUUACCAGGUGUUCAACGAACACGCUCUUCACCAUGGGGAAGUUUUGUUGGUACUUGGGACAUGCCCCAUAAGCUUCCAGGCAACAACAUACUGAAUCGCACUGCCCGUUCUGAGAGAGCUGCCCUGCGUUUUGAGACUGAAAAAGAGCAGGCUGCUGAAGUCCUUAGUGGCGAACUCAAACAGAGGAAGGCAUAUGAUCCUGUUAUGAAGGACGUCUUUCCGAGAAAGGAGGACAACAAACUUCAAGCUGUUCCACAAUCCAGCCAGAGGUGUCCCUCAGUACCACCUGCUGAUACACAGGGAGGAACUUACUUACGAGCUAGUCCCGAGAUGGCUGACCUCACUCAGCCAGAAAAUGCACAUUAUCAGCAACUGCACGAAUCACAGUUGCCUAAACCAGGCACACCCGGUAAUGCUGUAAGAGAUGAGAGCAGGACCCACAUGUCACCUUCUUGCCAGGAUGCAUGUCAUGGAGAAAAAUCCAGAACGCCAGUGAACUGGCCUGUUGCCAAAUCACCGCAACCAUUUCAGGCUCCUAGAGAAAGGAUAAACUCACCAGCCAACUUGCAGUCAUCACUGCUUCCUGAUGCCAUUGAUGUUCCAGGAGAAAGGAUAAGCUCACCAAUAAACUGGCCUGUUGCUAAAUCUCCACAGCCACCCACAAAGUAACUGUGAAAACUCUACCAAACACAAAAUCUGUGGAGCACUUUUUGCAAUAACUUAGGUGCUUAGGCAAUCUCCUGUAACCUUGCAACUAGACUCCUCUGCCCCUUUGUCAUCAUAAAGCUGAAGAAAUAACUCAUCAGUCACUUAUGUUUUAAAGGGAUCGUGGCCUUUGAAUUGCCGAUUCAUAAGGGGAGAACAAAUGUGACCAAAUAAUUUCAGGAGUUUCUCUGAAACGGGCGAGUACUUAAAAGUACUAAUUCUUAUUUUACUCGCAACAAUUGUUUUUACAUGUUUUAGUUCAAGCAAAAUAGUAUUUGAUUUCUCUAGCUAUAUUGACUGCUUUUCUAUGGCUUCAAUUAGAACAUGAGCUUAUAUAAGUAGGGCAUGAUUUUCAAAUAUACGAAUAUGCAUGUAAUGAGAGAUUUACCUCAAAAUUGUUUUUCAACAAACACUACGUAAAUGACAUUAAAGAGACGGGAAGGACUUGAUGUCUGCCCUACCAUGAAUUAGAUAUAACACUUUUAUAUACAGUUUGACAAGCCAACUUGUUUGUAAGAGAAAUACAUAGAUGCUAUUAACAAGCUAUUUGGAAAAUGUCCACUCACCACCGAGAUUGUCAAGUGUCACACAAAUGGGAUGUUAGCCCAUCACCUGGUGACUACAAUCAUGCAUUCAGGCAGGACCUUCACCAUCUAUAAUCAGUGACUCAUUGGUUUCAAUAAAGUUGAGGCAAAGUGAAUUAUCACAGUUAUCAAUUUUUGUACAGCAGAUGUUAUUCUCAUAUGCGUUUUCUAAAUAAAGUUGUAUUUCACUUUU